AUGGCAACAAGAAAGAAAAUGACUGUCACUGAGGUUUUAUCUUUGCUUGAGAACAUUGAUGAUGCAGAGUCUGAUGGAGGAGCAGAGAGCGAUGUAUCUUGGUCUCUUGACAGUUCGUCUGACACUGAUUCUGAGAGUGAUUCAGAGAUAAUUCCGGUUCGUAAAAAAAGGAGAGUGGACACUUCAAAUCCGACAACUGUCAUUUCAUCUGCUACUUUGGUGCAAAAUCCUGAAUUAUCAGCUGUGCCUGCUGAGCCAACCACAAGAGCACCUAGCCCGCCACUGGAUGACGAAGCUAUCUUACUAAAUCCACCUUCAGCAGAUAUCCAAACAGCAAAAGACGGUACUGUGUGGACUGUUAUACAGUGCAGUGAAAACAGGGGACGGUUACAAAGCCAAAAUGUCAUGACAGAAGCUGCAGGACCCACACCAUAUGCAAAGCGCAACAUUGAAGAUGCCCUCACCGCAUUUCUCUGUUUGGUUGAUGAUGGCAUGUUGAAGCAUAUCAGGGACUGCACCAUUGCUGAAGCACACAGAGUAGAGGAGGACAGCUCAUGGGAUAUAACAGUCGAUGAGCUAAAGGCUUUCAUUGCCCUCAUCUACAUUCGUGGUGCGCAAGGUGGAAAAGGCAUGGACCUGGCGAGCUUUUGGUCAGCUGACUGGGGUUAUGCGUUUUUCAAGGAGACCAUGUCCCGAAAUAGAUUUCAGGAAAUCAUGCGAUUCCUGCGUUUUGAUAAAAAGGAGACCAGACGCACACGGCUGCAAGAGAACAAGUUUGCCCUGGUGGCCGAGGUUUGGGAAAAAUUUGUUCAGAACAGCAUCGCUUGCUACAAACCCGGCGCCGAUAUAACUGUUGAUGAGCAGCUCUUCCCAACAAAAGCAAGGUGUAGCUUUAUCCAGUAUAUAGCAAGCAAACCCGAUAAAUUUGGUAUAAAGUUCUGGCUAGCUGCUGACGUCGAUACCAAAUAUAUGCUGAAUGGUGCGCCAUAUCUGGGCAAAGACGAGACACGGAGACCAGGUCAGCGACUUGGAGACAGUGUGGUGUUGAAAAUGGCUGAGCCUUACGUAGGGAAGGGGAGGAACAUCACCACUGACAACUUUUUUACUUCCCUCGAACUGGCCAAGACACUACAGGCCAAAAAAACCAGCCUCGUUGGCACAAUAAAUAAGAGCAGACGAGAGCUGCCCCCAUGCGUAAAGGAGCAACGGCCGCUGUUCACCACAAAGGUGCUGAAAAGUGAAAAUGCAACACUCACAGUCUACCAAGGCAAAACAAAGAAAAACGUCUGCAUUCUCAGCACUGUCCACACAGAUGUUGCAAUCACAAGUGGCCAAAAGGCGAAACCAGAGACAGUCACAUACUACAACCGAACCAAGGUCGGGGUAGAUGUACUUGAUCAAAUGGCGAGAAAAUAUUCGGUGAAAGCGCCGACACGCAGAUGGCCAGUUGCUGUGUUUUAUAAUAUCCUUGACCUUGCUGCGAUAAAUGCUUCCAUCCUCUUCCAGAAAUGCACAAAUGAGAGAAUGUCACGGAGGAACUUUAUAAUGUGA